AUGGGACCUCGAAAACGGUCAAAGCCAAACCCCAAGGCAGAACCCGAACCUGCAUCAGCAGAAGCGCCCUUACCCCAAGGGCCCGAAUUACAAAGUAGAAUUUCGCCCAAAGCUGCUGUUGAACAAUCAAAACCAUCAAUUAAGCCUGAAGGUGUCGAGCCCAUCCACUCCUCCGUCAAUGGAGCGAAUUCUCCUCAGUCGAGCAAGACAUGGUACGGCGGAACGUGGCCACGCGGGAAAAAGUCCAGCCCAGUCACCCAAGUAGCAAAAGAGAGUAUUUCAGCUGCAGGCGGGGCCGCAUCUGAGGCUCUAGCGUCAGCGCGGGCUCACACCCCAGAGCUUUCCACAACUCCUCUCAAAUCUCCAGCACUCUACCUAUCAAAAAGUAUAGGAAGCUCCAGCAGGUCUUUGCCUCUAGCCGCCACUACUACUAAACUUCACAUCACAUCGAACGCUAUAGGUCCUGCGAACGGCGCUGCCAAGGACAGGAGUUCAUCCAAGAAUGAAAGAGAUCAGUUCACAGAGCAUGAAUCACGAAACGGCUCCAGUACGGCUCCAGAAGGUGAAAAGUCUGAUGACGGUACCCCGGAAAAUACUGCCAAAAACUGCGACACUCGACCAGAAUCCAAGAGUCAUGUGUCAGAGGUACCUAAAGCUGCCAACGAAUCCACGAGCUGGUUGAAUUGGUUCUCGAAGUCUGAAACCGUAACAGAGAAUGAAACAAGUACUGCUCGGCGUGAUGACGAUGCCAGUAGCGCGGGUAAGAAUACCCCCCAAAGUGUUAUCUCAGAUGUUCUUCAAGAUGGUUCAGCAUCCCCCAAACCACGUCGAAAUUCAGAGCCGAGUCCUGUUUCUCCAUCUGCACAGCAAGAAGAAGCCCCACGCUCUUGGCUCAGCUUAUGGGGUAAUGCAUCCACACAGACAAAAAGCAGCUCAUCGGCAAGCGCAAUUGGCGUAGCUUCCAAUCCACAACGCGACUCCUUCGGAACAGAACCGCAAACUGGAAAGGUGAGCGAUGCGGGAUCUUGUCCUAUGUCCACCCCUCAAACUCCUCAGCAACCCACAGAUGGUGCAAAACCAUCGUAUGGCUGGGCGUUUUGGUCCAGAGAUCAGCCGAAGAGUGAUGUCGAAAAGACACGUCCUGGAAGUGAAAUUGGGGAAUUGGCUCUUGCUGGGUCUUCAUUGCAAUCCAAGCCGGAGAAUGCAGUAGUAGACGAAGCGGGAGGCGUUCCAAAUAAGGUCAGCAAAAGACAGAGGCCGCAAUCACUAGAAGUAGCUGCGGAUACCAAGAAGCCUCGGGGCUCUGGAGAUAAUGCCAAAUCAGAUUCAAACCCCGAGGCUAUCCCUUUGGAUUCGAAAACAAAGCCCAAGGUCGAUGCCGGUUCCAAAUCAAAGGGCAUGCCCGAGAAUUUACUUCUUCCUUCAUUUAAAACUACAUACAGUACAGUGGGAAGACCAAGUCUGAUCCAGCAGAUCAGCAGGUUGUUGCAAUUGAGAUCGACUUUGGAACCAAAGCACGUCGACAUUGUUCAAAACCCACCACGGGUUAGGAGAGCUUUAGCCAUUGGUGUUCAUGGCUAUUUCCCGGCACCGUUGAUUCGCUCCGUCCUUGGUCAACCAACAGGCACGUCUAUUCGUUUUGCCAAUAGUGCAGCCAGCGCCAUUCAGAGAUGGAUCCAAAAUCAGGGCUAUUCAUGUGAGAUCGAAAAGGUAGCUCUAGAGGGAGAAGGCAAAAUCGCAGAACGCAUUGACCUAUUGUGGAAGCUCAUGCUCAAUUGGAUCGAAAAAAUACGAAGAGCCGACUUUGUCAUGAUUGCAUGUCACAGCCAAGGAGUGCCUGUAGCCAUGAUGCUGGUUGCAAAACUGAUAGCAUUCGGAUGCGUUAAUUCCGCAAAGAUUGGCGUCUGUGCUAUGGCAGGAGUCAAUCUUGGCCCUUUCGCUGACUACAAGUCUCGAUGGAUAAGUGGCUCGGCUGGAGAGCUUUUCGAUUUUGCACUUCCCAAUAGUCAAGUGUCAAAGGACUAUGAAGCAGCCCUGGACGUUGCCUUGAGGUUUGGGGUAAAAGUUGUCUAUGUUGGCAGUAUAGACGAUCAGCUCGUUUCACUAGAGUCCUCUACAUUCGGCUGCGUGAGCCACCCACAUAUCUUUCGGGCUGUCUUCGUAGACGGCCGACUCCACGCCCCUGACUUCCUUACCCACUUAGUGGGCUUCGCGUUGAAACUUCGUAAUCUUGGCAUAUCAGAUCAUGGCGUGAUCCGAGAGCUGAGCAGCCCACUUGCCGGUAGUCUCUACGGCGGUGAGGGACAUUCCAGAAUUUAUGACGACGAAGCUGGUUAUUAUCUGGCUGUCGAGCAUGCUCUUGAAACAACUUCCCUCGGUGAGAUCUCUCCACAAUUCCACCGCGACGGUGCAACCACGUCACAAAAUCCGUACAUUUUGCCGUUUGCUAUGCGGGGUGUAUUGGAAGAGGACUACGUGCGGACAGAGCUGUAUGGAGAGAUUACGGAGUUGAUCAAACAGUUUGACGAGUGGAAACCAUCUACUAAGGCGCUCAAAGAUGUCAAAUUUCGGUUGGAAGGCGUAAGGUCGAAGUUAUAG